CUCGGAGCGGCAGUGUGAAAGAAACCGCGUCGGCGAGUGGACGUAAUGCAGUCGUGAUAAAUAUUUUUACGAUAAACUUUUAAUAUUACAAUUUCAUAAAUUUUAUUAGGUUUAAUUUAAUUGUCGAUUGAGUUAUGUGAUUUGAAUUAUUGACUGGUAAAAAAGCAGCAAAAAUGAUGAUGGCCAGUGCAAAAUUGGUUCGGGACUGUAGUUCAGACUUGAGUUCGGAUGUACGCUCUCUUUCUGUAGAGUCUUCUACCGAGGAACAAGAUUCUACUACAACGGAGUCGGAGUAUUCUGAAGAAGAGAAGGAAUAUGAAUUAGAUGAUUUACAAAUUCUGAAAACAAUUGGUACUGGAACAUUCGGUCGCGUUUGCUUGUGCAGAGACAAAGCGGCAGACGAGUACCUGGCUAUGAAGAUAUUGUCUAUGGCUGAUGUCAUACGCUUGAAACAGGUCGAUCAUGUCAUGAACGAGAAGAAUAUAUUAUCUGAGAUUAAUCACCCUUUUGUCGUUAACCUACGGUGGUGGACGCAUGACGAGUCUUGCAUAUAUAUGCUUUUCGACUACGUGUGUGGCGGCGAGCUUUUUUCAUAUUUAAGAAAUGCUGGCCGGUUUAGUAACAAUAUAGCAAAUUUCUAUGCAGCUGAGAUAGUAUCAGCGCUGGAAUACCUUCACGCCCGCAACAUCGUGUACAGAGACUUGAAGCCUGAAAACUUACUUCUAGCAAAAGAUGGACACUUGAAGAUUACAGACUUUGGUUUCGCGAAGAAGCUAACGGAUCGUACAUGGACCUUGUGUGGAACGCCAGAAUACCUAGCCCCAGAAAUUAUACAGAGCAAAGGGCACAAUAAAGCUGUAGACUGGUGGGCAUUAGGUGUGCUUAUUUACGAGAUGUUGGUCGGUUAUCCCCCGUUCUACGACGAUAAUCCCUUUGGAAUAUAUGAGAAGAUACUUAAUGGCAGAGUUGACUGGCCGCGCCACCUCGACCCAGUUGCCAAGGAUAUCAUAAAGAAACUGUUAGUGCAAGACAGGACGAAAAGACUCGGAAAUAUGAAGUGUGGAUCGGAAGAUGUGAAACGACAUCGAUGGUUCAAACAUUUGGACUGGGCUGAUGUUUACAUGAAGAAGUUACAGCCACCCAUUGUACCAGCCGUGUCAUAUGAAGGCGAUACUUCAAACUUCGACGAAUACCCAGAAACAGAUUGGAAAGCCGUGAGAUCGCUGGAUCCAGAUGAAUUAAAACUAUUCGUGAAUUUCUGAAAUUCUCAAUUCCUCUUCUGGUACUAAUUUAAAGUGGAAUUCGUGAAUGGUUAACUGUAUAGCGAUGUGGAUUUCCAAAAACAAUUUCGUAAUUAACAUUGUGUUAGGAAAUUUAGGAUUUUUGUGAUUUCUUAAAUCUUAGUGAUGCCGAGAUUAGAUUUAAUUAUUUAAACUUUGUUUAACGUGUCUGGCGUUUUCUAAAUCUUUAACAAUAAAUAUUGCGUUUUGCUCUUAAAAUUAAGUAGAAAUUAUAGCGACGAUACUGAUUUCUUAUUUAUUUAUAUGUAGACUAGAUCACAUGUAACAAUUUUUUAUAGUAUAUGUUACAAUUUCUUGUUCUAAAAUAUUAAAAACAGACAUACAUUUUAGUCAAAUCAGUAACUAGAUGUAUGGUAUUUGUAAUAAUAUGUCUUAAUGUAUGAACAUGCCGUCCCCUUCAUACGUAAGAGUUUAUUUUUGAGGUUUGUAUAAUAGAAUUUAUACGCAGUGGGUUGACAAUUUAUCUAAAAUUAAUUAUAAUGUUAAGUAGGCAAAUUCUGUGUAUAAUCUUUUUAAAGAUACCUGUUUUGUUACACACUACCUAUUUAUUGUUGCGUGCGUUAAAUUUAUAAAAAUAAAUAUUGGUUUACAGAGAUGUAAGUUCAAGCUUAAAAGAUAAAUAAAUUAUACUAUACUUUAAAAAAGUUGAACAAUCAACUAUGAGAAUAAAAUUACUCAGGCGUUGGAACAUUUUAUUUUAUUGCUUUUUAAGUAUUGUUUUCGUAUUAUAAUUUAGGAUAUAAAAUAAUGAGGUAUUUCCUAGCCAUGUUAUAACUAAUGUGAUUGCUGUGAUCUUAUUAGUCAGACAAAAGCUCUGUUUUCGCAUAUUUAUUAACUUUGAAAAUAUAAAUUGAUAACAGGGUUUUCAGAUAAAUGUUAUUUAAUGAUAGUUGAUGUAAAUAUUUUGAUACUAAGAGAUUAA